AUGAAUCGUGGUAAAGUAUUAACGAGUGACAAUAUAAACGUACUUCUUGAACAAAUUGACAAUGGCAAUACUACAGAAUUCGAAGGGAGGGAGGAAGAAGAAGAUUUUGAUAUGGUAAAUAAUAUAAGAGAUAACGAGGACAUCGAUCAAUUAUUAUUAGAAAACUAUGAAUAUUUUGAACAAUUAGAAAACUCUAAAUUGAAUUUUGGUUACGGUAAUACAUCAGUAGAUGCAAGUCAGACUGACACUUGUACAGUUAUUAAUUCUAAUAAUAAUUUAAAUCCAAACGUUCAACAAAUUAAAUAUAUAAAUACUAUGAAAUUGCUAAGAACAAAUCAUUUUAAACCCAAAAAAAAAUUAAUUCGUUCUUCACCUGAUGAAUAUAAUGACUCAGAAAGACAUUACUGGACCCCUAUAAAUUAUUUUAAUCAAUAUAUUAACGAAAAAACUAUUGAAAAUAUGGUAAAUUGCACUAAUGUUAAAAGUGUUGUAGAAACAGGAAAAUCUAUACUAGUGACAUCAAUUGAAAUGAAACGUUUUAUCUGA